AUGGCGGACGCAAUUACCGAAGGAACGGCCAAGCUCCAGCUUGAUGAGGAGACUGGUGAGAUGGUCUCGAAGGCCGAACUUAAGAAAAGAUUGGCAAAACGCGCGAAGAAAGCAGCACAAGCAAAAGCAAAAUCAGCAGCACCACCUAAGGAAGCUUCUGCAACUAAACCUAAGAAGCCAGAAGAGACCAAAGCAACAGAGCCAUCAAAUGUAUUCGCCCAAGGAUUUCUCUCAGAAGUGUACAAGGAGCGUCCUGUCAAACCAGUCUUUACUCGGUUUCCACCUGAACCUAAUGGAUACUUGCAUAUCGGUCAUGCAAAAGCUAUUGCUGUCAAUUUCGGAUUCGCUAAGUAUCAUGGUGGCCAGUGUUAUCUGAGAUUUGAUGACACCAAUCCCGAAGCAGAGGAAGAGAAAUAUUUUACAGCGAUAAAGGAAAUGGUUUCGUGGUUGGGUUUCACACCUUACAAGAUUACACAUUCCAGCGAUAAUUUCGAUAAACUUUACGAGAAAGCAGAGGAACUUGUCAACUUAGGGGGGGCUUAUGUUUGCCAUUGCGGUGACGCUGAAAUCAAAGCUCAGAGAGGAGGUGAGGCACGGGGUCCGAGAUUUAGAUGCGAGCAUGCGAACCAAUCGAUUGAAGAAAAUUUGAGAAAGUUUAGAGCCAUGCGAGAUGGCGAAUACAAACCUAGAGAGGCAUUCUUGCGCAUGAAGCAGAACAUUGAAGACGGAAACCCUCAAAUGUGGGACUUGGCAGCAUACCGAGUCUUGGAUGCCAAACAUCAUCUAACAGGAGAUAAAUGGAAGAUUUAUCCAACGUACGACUUCACCCAUUGUCUUUGCGAUAGUUUUGAGAACAUCACACACUCGCUUUGCACGACCGAGUUCAUUCUAUCAAGAGUAUCGUACGAAUGGUUGAAUAGUACACUGAAAGUAUACGAACCCAUGCAGAGAGAAUAUGGUCGCCUAAGCAUUACGGGCACUGUGCUUUCCAAGCGAAAGCUCAAGAAACUUGUGGAUGAUAACUAUGUUAGAGGAUGGGAUGAUCCAAGACUAUAUACAUUGAUUGGAAUCAAAAGACGCGGUGUCCCUCCUGGAGCCAUCCUUGAGUUCAUUAACGAACUAGGAGUAACCACUGCUCCUACCAAUAUUCAACUCGCUCGUUUCGAUCAGACUGUUCGUAAAUACUUGGAGCUCACAGUCCCCAGACUUAUGUUGGUUUUGGAUCCUGUACCUGUCAUCAUCGAGGAUGCUGAAGAGCUGGAACUCGACAUCCCAUUUUCACCCAAAGUACCUGCAAUGGGCAGCCACAAGGUCACGUUGACUAAAACUGUUUACAUUGAGAGAAGUGAUUUUAGAGAAGUUGACAGCAAAGAUUACUUCCGUCUCGCCCCUGGAAAAUCCGUCGGUCUAUUACAUAUUCCAUACCCAGUCAAGGCAGUCUCAUUCUCUAAAGAUGGAGACAAGGUCACAGAGAUUCGAGCCGUCUACGAUAAAGAGGGCAAGAAACCAAAGACUUAUAUUCAUUGGGUUGCAGAAGGUUCAAAGAAUGUCGAAGUUAGAAUCUUCAAUAGUCUCUUCAAGAGCGAAAAGCCAGAUGAUGCUGAAGGUGGCUUCUUGAAUGACAUCAACCCUGAUAGCGAAGAAGUUUGGCCUAAUGCUGUUAUUGAGUCUGGAUUUGAUGAGGUACGAAAACGAGCUCCAUGGCCAGAAGCUGCUGGAGAAUCGGAGCUCGGAAAGGGAGGUCCCGAAUCUGUCAGGUUCCAGGCCAUGCGUGUAGCAUAUAUGGCAAUGGAUUCGGAUUCAACUGAUGAUAAGAUUAUAUUGAAUCGUAUUGUCAGUUUGAAGGAGGAUGCUGGAAAGUAG